CUUUUCCUUUUCCUUUUCCUUUUCCUUUUCCUUUGAACUCAUAUCGCAAUAGUUUAUUGUCUCGCUUUCUAUAUACCCAAUAUUGCUGCAAACUUCAAGAUCACCAUUUAAUAUCGACUGAAAAAUUUCGGCCUUGUGUGAGAAAUUUGUUAACACCUAAAAUAUCUUAACGAACAACUGGCUAAAUUCAUUUAAUACAAUUAAACAUAAUUAAUUAAUGAUGGAUGAAUAUUACAAUAAAUUAGAUCAGUUGACUGUGAAUGUAUAUGAAAACUUUAAUCAUUUAUUAGCUCUCAAUCAGGAUGAAGAUGUGGUAGAACCGAAGUUAGAACUGAAUAAAAUCAUACGAAAGAUUAAUGGAUUACUUCUAAAUUAUAAGGAUUAUUUACAUAUUGUUAAGAAUAAAUAUAAUACACAUGAUAAGAAUGAAGUAUUGAAAUAUGAAAGUUAUGUAUCUAAAUUAAAUACUUUAAAGAAUAAGUCAAAGAGUUUCCAUUUAUAUUCCAAUAGUCUUCAUGAUGAAUUAAUUCACAAACAAAGAAUAAAAGAAUAUGCAUUACAAGAAGAAGAUAAUCUGAAUAAAGAUUCAAUUAAUGAAGAAGAUUAUGAAUCAGCUAGAAGUAAAUUAUUUUCAGGUAAAUCAAAAGCUAUUAAGAAUGUAACUGAAGAAUCAAUUGGACAACAAGUCCUUAGUCAUAAUAAACAAAUCACUUCAUCAUUACAAACUUCAAAACAAUUACUUACAGCAACUGUACUACAAAGUGAAUUAAAUAUUGAAUCAUUGGAUCAACAAACAAAGGAUUUACUGACAUUGAAUGAAGAUUUUCUUCGAUUCAAUGAUUUAUUAAAUAGAUCAAAACAAAUUGUAAGAUUUAUUGAAAAGCAAGAUAAAGCUGAUAGACGUCGAAUUUAUAUGAGUGUUGGAUUUUUUAUCUUAUGUAUUACAUGGGUUGUAUAUAGAAGAGUAUUAAGAACUCCAAUUCGUUUACUUUUUUGGUCCUUCUUUAAGAUCUUUAGAAUCUUUAAUUGGUUAUUGGUAAGUCCUAAUGAUAAAAUAUUGGAAGAAGGUUUGAUUUCCUUAAGUGGAACUGGUUCCGAAAUUAUGAGCCAAACAACUAGUCUGAUAAUUGAACAAGUUACAAAUAUAAUUAGUUCAAUUGAUAUUGAAGUGGAGGAAAUUCAAUUAUCAACUACAGUUUUAUCAACUACAGUUACAGAAAUUUUACGGGAUGAACUAUAACACUAAUUAUUAG